CUGUACUGUUGCUAAAAUAAAAUUUAUCUCUCUUGUAAUAUCAUCUCGCUGUUUGUUAGUAUCUUCCAAGCUAUUAUUUAAAAACACUGCAAAAGAGUGAUCACAAGAAAUGACAUCAGAAUCAUGGAGUUUUUUUCGUGGUGUUACCUACUUAUUUCGUAUGGAAAAUGAUGAAGAUGAAUGGAGCUAUGAUGAAGAGCCACAUGUGUCAAGACGAAAAGAAAUUUUAUCAAAAUAUCCAGAAGUGAAAGAACUAAUGGGACCAGAUAUUAAAUUGGCUUAUUUUAGUUCACUUGAAGUAUUCUUACAAUUUAUUGUAGCUAUAUGCAUAUCAAUUUAUCAACCACCAUUCUUAAUAUGGUUAUUUUUAACAUAUACAAUAAGUGGAACACUUAAUCAUUCACUUGGUUGUGCUAUACAUGAAGUUGGACAUAAUUUAGUAUUUGGGCAUAAAUAUGGUAAAGCAAAUCGUUUAUAUUCAAUAUUUAUUAAUUUACCAAUGGGUUUACCUAUUGCUAUAUCUUAUAGAAAAUAUCAUCAAACUCAUCAUAGAUGGUUAGGUCAUGAAUAUGGUGAUGCAGAUAUGCCAUUAAAUUUAGAAGUGAAAUUAUUUACUCAUCCAAUAAGUCGUUUUUUAUGGAUUAUUAUACAUCCAUUAUUUUAUGCAUUUCGUCCUUUUAUAAAACAUCCAUUACCAUUAACAUUAUGGGAAAUAAUUAAUUUUUGUAUACAAAUGAUAUUUGAUUUAUUUAUUUGGUAUUAUUUUGAUAUAUGGACAUUAUGUUAUUUUAUUAUUGGUACAUUACUUGGUUUAGGUUUACAUCCAUUAACUGGACAUUUUAUAAGUGAACAUUAUUUAUUUAAUGAUCAACAAGCAACACAUUCAUAUUAUGGUAUUGCAAAUUAUAUAAUAUAUAAUUUAGGUUAUCAUGUUGAACAUCAUGAUUUUCCAUAUAUUGCUUAUACAAAUUUACCUAAAUUAAAAAAAAUUGCUAGUGAAUAUUAUGAUUAUUUACCAUAUCAUACAUCAUUAUGUAAAGUUUUAUGGGAUUUUGUAUUUAAACCAAAUAAUGGUCCACAAGCUCAUUGUGUUACAUCACAAGAUUUAUCUAAACCAGAAAUAUAUAAUCAUCAACCAAUAACAAAUAAUUUAUUAAAAUGUACUAGAGAACUUAUAAAAAUAUCCGAAUGUGAACAAUGUAAAAAAGAGAAAAUAAAAAAGAAAGAAUAAAUUACAUAAUUCAUUUAACUAUAAUUCACAAGUAUGUCUAGGUUAUUGUGUUUAGUUUAGUUUAUUUUAUAGACUUUGUUAUUAAUGUAGUUUGUAUAUAUAUAUAUAUAUAUAUAAAUAUGUUAAUCCCCUAUUAUUUUGAAUAUUCAACGUUUAAUAUUGUUCUCUUUAAACUUUCAUUUUAAUCAAAUAAUAAUGUAGGUGUCAUUAUCAAGGUUUGAUUUGAUAAUUUCGAAUAAAUUGAGCAUUGGAUUGAUUGUUAUAAAUAAAAAAUAAUAUAUUUGUAAUAUUCCAAUGAGUAGAAAAUUGGAUUUUCUGACGUUUCGUGACUUAGUGUAAGUCACUUCUUCAAAGAAUAAAUAACCAAAUUUAUUUACAAAUAAUAAUGAUUACAUUAUGAAUGAUAGUAAGUAAUAGGCAGCGAUAUGUAGAUAUAGAUAUAUAUAACCAUUACUAUAUACAUAUCAUGAACUAAGAAAUGAUAGAGAUGAGGAAUUCAAUGAUCAAUGCAUUAACAUAUAUUAGUUCAAUAAAAUGUAAAAAUCAUAUCAACUUUGAAUUGUUUUGAACAAACUAUAGUUUACCUUCAUUCUUAUUACAGUGUUGAUUACUUUCAGUUAUUUUUUUUCUUUCAUUAGUUUAACCAUCUAUUCACAGAUAUUCCAUUUCUGAAUGAUGUUACAUAUUACUUAUAUCUACAAUCAUAAGUUGCAUAUAUUACUUAUAUUACAUAUAUUACUUAGUAACUUAUGCCUGUUACUCCUAAUAAAGCAUAGGCCGCCAACCAGCAUUCUUCAAACCACUCUGUCCUGAUAUAUAUAUAUAAGGAUAAAUAAAUGAACUCUCUUUCUUCUUCUUCUCUAUUUUAUUAUAAAUUAACAUCAUUAAUCAAACUAUAUUAAUCAUUAUCAUUACUAUUUCAUAAUGGCAUACGAUUUAAAUUAUUUUAACUGUGUGCUUUUUUUAUCUAUUUCUAUUCUUUGUUUUCUCAUUUGAUAUUCUAAACUAUUCAAUGUUCAAUGUAUUUUGAUUGAAAAUCAUUAAAACAAAAAGUAUAUACACUUAAA